AUGGCCUCCAUAAUCCUCGUCAUCGUCGCCAUUGUCCUCCUCCGUCUCGUCUACGAAUACAAACGAGACCGAAAGCUCCCCCCAGGCCCAUCUCGUCUCCCCUUCAUCGGCAACCUCCACCAAGCACCACAGGAACUCCCCUGGCGGGUUUUCCACCAAUGGACCCAAAAGUACGGGCCUAUCAUGAGCGCUCAGUUCGGGCGGCAGACGCUCGUCUUUCUCGCGGAUAGUACACAUGCGCGGGAGCUGCUCGACAAACGGGGCUCGAUCUACUCGCAUCGUCCGCGGAUGGUCAUGGCGGGGGAGAACCUCACCAAGGGAAUGCAUAUUCUGCUGAGACCGUAUGAUGAGCGAUACAGGCUCCAUCAGCGCAUGGAUGCGCCGGUGCUUAGCCCCCGGGCGUCGUCGACGUAUGCGCCCAUCCAGGACUUGGAGAGUAAACAGCUCCUGUUUGAUUUUCUGGCGUCGAAUGAUUUUAGAAAACACUUUCAGCGGUAUAGUAUUAGUCUGGUGUAUGUGCUGGGAUACGGGUUUCGGUUACACACCGGGGAUGAGCAGGAGGUGAAAGAUGCGUGUCUGGUGCAGCAUAAUUUCGCCUACGCAGCGCGCGUGGGCACUUGGAUCGUCGAUGCGAUUCCCAUUCUGAACGUUCUGCCUGCGUGUCUCGCGCCGUGGAAGAAAACCGCCGAAGACCUCUUCCAGGUCGAAGCAGCGCUGCAUAUGAAGAACAUGAACACGGCACUGGCCAACAAGCCCUGGAACUGGACGAAAGAGUUACUCCGGUCGAAGCAGGCGCAGGGCAUGCCGGAGCUGGAAUUCGCAUACAACAUCGGCAUCAUCGCAGAUGCAGGCCUCGAAACCACAUCCACCGUCAUGCAGGUCUUCGUCCUCGCCACGGUAACCCACCCGCACUUCCUCGCAACCGCACAGGAAGAACUCGACCGUGUCGUCGGCCCCGACCGUCUCCCUUCUUUCGCGGAUAAGGAUAACCUCCCCUACAUCGAGGCCGUCGUCGAAGAAACCCUCCGCUGGCGCUCCAUCGCCCCCGGCGGCGUCCCCCACGCCACCUCCCAAGAAGACACAUAUCGAGGCUACCGCAUCCCCAAAGACACCACCGUCGUGCCCUUGCACUGGUCCAUGAGCCUAGACGAAGAGCACUACCCCGACCCGCUCGACUUCCAGCCCGAGCGCUGGCUAACCAAGACCCACGACGACAAAUUCACCAACUUCUUCGGCUACGGACGACGCAUCUGCACGGGGCGGCAUAUCGCGCGCAACUCACUCUUCAUCCUUAUCGCGCGGCUUCUGUGGGCGUUCAACAUCCAGCCUGGGGUUGGGCCUGAUGGGAAACGCGCCAAGGUUGACGAUAUGGCGUUUGGGUCUGGGUUUGUGUCGUCGCCGUUGCCGUUUGAAGCUGUCUUUGAACCGCGCAGUGACAAGGCCAGAAGGGUGGUGGAGAAGGAGUGGAACGAGACGGAGAAGGAUGUGGAGGUGUUGAUGAAUUCGGUCCGUGAGCAUCAGGUUUCGCUGGGGAUGGAGUUGAGGGCAUAA